GUGGCAACCUCCUUCAACGCAGCCACCGAGCUUCAUCUCCAGACUCUGGCCCGCGACCGCGUCGGCCUCGUAUCUCAUCUGCCCUCACAACUCUCCCGACGUGCGGUUUAUGUCCCGGAAAGCUCAGAUGGAGGCAAUCGAGCAGCCGGAGUAUGUGGAGGAGGAGGUGGUCAGUGGAGAGGGCGACGAGGUCAUGGAGGACAUCGACGCGCAAGAGGAGGGAUACAGCUCAUCUACGCCAACAUCAACCCUUACGUGGAUCAGCUGGUUCUGUUCCCUCCCAGGACACGAAUACUUCUGCGAGGUAGCCGAGGAUUUCAUAGAGGACGACUUCAACCUCACAGGUUUGAACACCAUGAUACCGUUUUGGAAAGAGGCGAUGGAGAUGGUCCUCGAUGUCGAGGCGGACGAGGACGCGGCCAAAAUACCAGACGUCUCGAUUGUGGAGGCAUCUGCGGAGUUGCUCUACGGUCUCGUUCACCAGCGAUACAUACUUACGCGUGCAGGGCUACAGGCAAUGGUGGACAAAUACGAAGCGGGGACAUUCGGCUCUUGUCCACGCGUAAUGUGCAAGGGUACCAAUAUCGUCCCGUGUGGUCGCUCCGACAUGCCUGGAAUCGACACCGUCAAGCUCUUCUGUCCGAACUGUAACGAUAUCUAUACCCCUCCCAGCAGCCGAUUCCAAGGUGUUGAUGGUGCUUUCUUCGGCACAACCUUCGCGCAUCUGUUCUUCCAGAGCUACCGCGAGCUCGCGCCAGCCCCGUUCUACAGACCGCACUCCCCAUCUAGCUCCUCCGGUUCCCCCCAUUCUUCUGGCAGCUCGCCUCGCCAAACCUCUGCGUUCAUUAAUCCCAACAUCAAUGGCGGCCAGAAGCGUGCGGCAGGCAAGGUCUAUGUCCCCAAGAUCUAUGGCUUCAAGAUCAGCGAGAGAGCGAAGUGUGGACCGAGGAUGCAGUGGCUGCGCAUGAGACCUUGGAGUCCGGACGAACUGGAUGAGGUCGACUGGCGGGGGAAGUGGAUUGAUGACGAGGAUGACUACGGGGAAGAGGAGGAUGACGUGGAUGAGGACCGACCUAUGGAGGACUUUGACCCUGACAUGGGAGAGGGUGAUGAGGAUGAGGACGAAGAGGAAGAGGAAGAGGAUCAGCAGCCACCGUCGUCACAGAAGGGCAAACGGGUGAUGCACUCGGCCUCCGCGCCGUCGUUGAGACCCGCGCUUCCCGACGCGACCUCUGCAUCCCCGAGGCCGAGCGCGCCACUACAGCCUCCGCAGGAGGAUCUCCGAUACGCGUCGCGGGACCAGGGCUAUGGAUCUGGCUCGAAGGUUAGAGUUGUGCGGCAGUGGGCGCCGCGGGGGACCACGGCACAGGCCUGAACAUUGCGGUGCGGUAGAUAGAGUGCAGCGUUUGUGUUUACUUUAUUAGCGUACAAUGACGUCCAAGUCUCUGUUCCAUCUCUCAUAUCACCGCCUCUGUUCUCUCCUGUUCUCUCCCGGCCGU